AUGAAAGGUGGGUUGGGGCUGAAGUCUAUGGGCCCCGUAAUGCUUCCCUUCGUUGUGAUGUGUUUCUCUCACAUUAUUCCUACUGAAUCUCUACAUGUUCUUCCUCUUGCUAGGCUGGAUGUGAAAGCUUUGAAGAAAGUAGUGCUAGAGGUUGAACUACAUGAUGACAAACAUAAGAAAAAAGCCAUGAAGGCAGUCUCUAGUCUUGCAGGGGUUGAGUCAGUGUCUCUGGAGAUGAACGACCAGAAAUUGACAUUAACUGGAGACAUAGAUCCGGUGCUUGUAGUGGGCAAGCUGAGGAAGCUUUGUCAUACUAAGAUACUCUCUGUUGGACCAGCCAAGGAGGAGAAGAAAAAGGAACCUAAGAAAGUUGAGAAAAAGAAGCCAGAGGCCAACGAAAACGAUCAAAAUCAGAACUUGGUUGAUAUUGUGCAAUUCUACGAAGCCCGUCAUAAUCAUUACCAUUACCCAUGUUUGGAAGAGAAUCCUAACUCCUGUGUCAUCUGCUAAUUAAGUUAUAGAUCAUCGCGGAAUUCAAAAGAAAAUAAAUGAAAAAAAAAAAACCAUGGUUGUUGGAUAGUUGUACUGCAUUUGAGUCUCACCUUUUUU